AUGCGCUUCUCCAUCCUCAGCACCACCCUCCUCUUCACCACAAUGGCCUCUUGCUGCCCCAACGUCGAUGCCCAAAGGAAAAAUUCCACGUACCCGAUUGCUCCGGGAGCGAACCUCAAUGGCACUAGCAGUAAUGCCACACACAGCAAUGGAAAUGGAAAUGGAAAUGGAAAUGGAAAUGGAAAUGGGGCAGAGAUUACUCCUGCGACUUCUGGUGCUUCUUUGGCGAUGGAGAAGAAUCUUUUGGGCAUGUUGACGACGACGACGGGGGCGAUGGGGAUGGUUGUUUGGGCUGUGUUCUGCAUGAACCGGUGGAGAGCCGACAAUGAUUAUGUUGAUGAGCAGUCAAUCCUUGGAAACGCGGUGGACGAAACAUCAACAGCAAACUCAAGCAAACUCAAUGCCUGCAAAUGA